AUGGAUCACAGUGAAAAAGUCCGUAGGCAGAUUCAUCCUAGACAAAAUGCCAACAUAUUUUCUCUUAUAUUUUUCGGUUACACAUGUCCAUUGUUUGUGAGAGGCUUUAGAAAAGAACUCGAAGACGAUGAUCUAUACGAUGUUAUUGGAAAAUGUCGUUCGAAAAAAUGUGCAGAUAGGUUGGAACAUGCAUAUUUUAGUAAGGUGAAAAUAAAAGAACCAGGGAAGAAAGUUUCUAUAUUACGAAUUAUAUGGAAUUUAUAUGGUUUACAAUAUGUUGCAUUAGGACUUUUCCACAUGACUGGAAAAAUAUUAUUCAGUACUUUGGAACCAGAAGCCGUUUCACAACUAGUAGGAUAUUUUAAACCUGGACAAACUAGAAUGACAAUCUACGAUGCUUUAUACUUUGCGGCAAUGAUGAUUGGACUCAAGGCUUUUCACACAAUAUAUUUUCAAAAUUACGUUAUUUAUUUAAACGAAUUGGCUCUCCAGAUAAAAGUCUCCUUUUGCUCUUUAAUUUAUAGAAAGGCUCUUAGAUUGACGCCUUCGGCUCUUGCAGACACCAGUUUAGGUAAUAUUGUAACAGUUAUUACCAAAGACGUUACACAAUUCGAACAUUCGCUCAACAUUUUUAAUGAUAUUUGGAUUUCCAUUGUUCAAACUAUCGUUAUUUGCUAUUUGAUUUACCAGAGGGUUGGAGUCUCUUCGGUAGUGGGCGUUUUAAUAUUAUUAGCUGUAAUUCCAGUACAAGGAUAUACAUCUAGGAUUAUUCGAAGUUUUAGGCUAAAGAUGUCAAAAAGAACCGAUGAAAGAUUACAAAGAAUGCAAGAAACAUUAUCUACAAUAAAAACUAUAAAAAUGUAUACCUGGGAAAAUGUUUUCGCUGAAAAAAUCGGUGAAUCAAGAUUCAAAGAAAUGAAAAUUUUGAUGAAAGGAGCUUAUUUUAAAAUAGUGUUAAUGAUAUCUAGCAGCCUAGUUGCAAAAUUUGCGUUUUACGCAAUAAUAAUGAUAUACAUAUGGUUACACAAUGAUAUGAGCGCAGAAGAUAUUUUUUAUGUGAUGAAGAUAUUUAACCAUCUAAAACACACGAUAGCUAUGUCAUUUUCAUUUGGAUUUGCUAGACUUGGAGAACUCUCAGCAUCCCUAAAGAGAAUUAACCAUAUCUUACAGCUCGAAGAACUUCCAGAGUAUAUUGAUAAACCUGAUGAUGAACCUCAAAUUGACUUACGUAACAUUUCUUUGAAAUUAAAUAACAGAGACAUCUUGAAAAAUAUCAAUUUAAAAUUUGAAGUCGGAUUGAAUGUUAUUACUGGUCAACUCGGUUGUGGUAAAAGUUCUCUGAUUAAAGUAAUAUUGAGAGAUUAUCUAUUAGAUGGUGGGGAAAUUAGAACAAGGGGUAGAAAAAGUUACGCUUCUCAGGAUCCUUGGUUAUUUCCAUCUUCCAUUAAACAAAACAUUUUGUUUGGGGAGAAAUACGAUUAUAAAAGAUAUAUUUCGGUGGUACAAGCUUGCGCUUUGGAAUAUGAUUUCGGUGUUCUAGAAAAUGGCGAUGAAACCAUUGUAGCUGAUGGAGGAAUGAAUUUAAGCAAAGGUCAGCAAGCUAGGAUUAAUUUAGCCCGAUCUAUUUACAAAGAAGCCGAUAUUUACUUAAUAGAUGAUGCUUUAACUGCUUUAGAUACUAAAGUGCAAGAACAUAUUUUUACUCAUUGUAUUCAAGGUUUAUUAAAAAAUAAAUGUGUUAUUCUGGUAACUCACAAUGCCAAGCAUAUUAAACUAGCUGACAAUCUGGUGAUUUUACACGAUGGAAGUGUAACGUUUGAGGGAAAACAACAAAAUAUUUCUGAAGAUAUAUUAGAUUCUUUCGAAAGUGUACCAGCAUAUAAUGAUAACGAAAAGGAGAAAGAAGAUCAGGAAGAAAGUAAUGAAAAAGAAAAAUUAUUAAUUGUAAAACCUGAAAUACGUAGAAGGCAAAUUUAUCAUGAAAACAAAAAGAGUGGAAGUGUUGAUUACCAUUUGUACCAAAAAUAUUUUAAAUAUUCAGGAGGAUUUCUAAUAGGGAGUUUACUUUUGAGUUCGUAUAUUGGUGCUACCUUUCUUGAAAGUGUUUCGCAAAAGAUGUUGACUAAUUGGAUAAACCAGAAAUCUAAUAUAAGCCAUGUUAAAGAAAAAUACAUUCAAAAUACAACUAUUGAUUUGGAACAAUUUGAUUUGGAGAAUACUACAACAAUUUUCCUAAAUGAAACUUUCAAUGUUUCAACUGAUAUAAUUCAAGAAAUAGGAAGACUUGAAAUUCAAGCUUCACAAACCAUGAACUUAUACACUAUGUCUAUUAUUGGAUAUGCAGUUACAGAGUUGAUCAAACACUAUCUCGUUUUGAAAAUGGGUAUAACAGCUUCUAUCAAUAUUCAUAAGAUAAUGGUCACAAGAGCAUUGCAUGCAGUGAUGACGUUUUUCGAUAGUUUCUUCAUCGGUAAUAUUUUGAACAGAUUUUCUCAGGACUUGAAUGUUAUUGACGAACAUUUGAUAUUCGUUAUGACAGCGUUUAUUGGGACUCUAUUUCACUUAGUCGGAGUAAUCGGAUUGAUUGCUUCCGUGAAUUGGAAAUUUAUAAUCCCGGCAGCUGGGUUGGCUCUCUUUUCAAUAUUAGUUCGGACUGUUUACAUCAAAACUUCCAGGAGUUUAAAACGUUUAGAGGCUGCCACACGUAGUCCAAUAGUAGGACAUUUAAAUUCCACAAUGGAAGGUCUAACUACCAUAAGAGCUUAUAAAGCUCAAGAUAUUUUGAAAGACGAGUUCGACAAACAUCAAGAUCUAUAUACUAGUGCUUUUUAUACGUCGCUAUGUAUUAGAGGAGCCUUCGGGUUUAUUAUGGAGAUUUCGUCUUUAUUCUUUUUGGUUACGGUUAUUGCUAGAUUCUUCUUUUUUGAUACAGGUAUUAACGCUGGAGAUGCUGGAUUAACUCUGACGCAAGCAGGUUUGUUGACCAUGAUUAUCCAUUUCGGUUUAUCGACUUGGUCAGAAGUUGAGAACAAUAUGACCUCAUUCGAAAGAGUCAUGGAAUAUACUACCAUCGAAAAUGAAAAUAAAACCGGUUUGGAAAUGGUUGAUUGGCCAAAUAGAGGAGAAAUAAUAUUUAAAAAUGUUUCGCUUAAAUAUUCUAAUUCCAAUGAAAAUAUUCUGGCAGAUGUUUGUUUUGAUGUAAAGCCCGGAAACAAAAUUGGUAUUGUGGGUAGAACUGGAGCUGGAAAGUCUACAAUUAUAUCAACUUUGUUUAGAUUGUAUAAUUACGAAGGACAAAUUUUCAUUGAUGGGAUCGAACUUAAAACUCUGGCAUUAGAUUUCCUAAGAAAACAUAUAUCGAUCAUACCUCAAGACCCUAUAAUGUUUUCUGGAACAAUUAGAAGUAACAUUGACCCUUUCGGGGAGUUUGUAGACGAAGACAUUUGGAAGGCAUUACAUAAAGUUCAUUUAGAUAGCAGCAUUCCUAGUUUAGACACUGAUAUAACUGAGCUUAAUUUUAGUACUGGACAAAGACAACUGAUAUGUUUAAGUAGAGCUAUUAUUAGAAAAAAUAAGAUCGUUGUUUUAGACGAAGCAACAGCAAAUAUGGAUCCCGAAUCUGAACAAAUUGCCCAAAAAAUUAUUGAAGACAACUUCUUAUCUUGUACACUAUUUAUAAUAGCCCACAGGUUAGAUUCGAUUUUAGAUUGUGAUAAAAUAUUAGUUUUAGAUAGAGGUAGAGUUGCAGAAUUUGAUACACCUCUAAAUUUACUAAAAAAUGAAAAUGGUUAUUUCUCUGGAAUGUUGAGAAAUGCUGGUAUGCAUGAUGUUUCUUCAAGAAUUACAUCGUUAAAGUGA